AUGCCGCCAAUAUCAAAUGAUAAGGCCCCGCUUUUGCCUUCCGAAAAUGUGGAUAAAUUUCAGAAAAUAAUUCCUGAAGGAUGCACUCUCUCCUGGUCACAACUUGAGGUUAACGGACCAGAGACGAAGCCAUCAUCGUUGAAAGAAAAAUAUAUACAAAAUGCUAAGCCAAAGAAGUUAAAGCAAAUUCUUCAUAAUGUUAGUGGAGUAGCUGAAUCGGGAAAAGUUCUGGCCAUCAUGGGCAGUAGUGGAGCCGGAAAGACGACACUCCUCAAUGUGUUGACUUCACGUAAUCUUGGAGCAUUAGAUGUUCAAGGUACUGUUCUUCUCAAUGGACAGCGAGCCAACAAGUGGACCAUACGUGAAUUAUCAGCAUUUGUUCAACAACAUGAUAUGUUUGUUGGUACAUUGACAGUUAGGGAACAUUUGCAGUUUAUGGCAAAACUCCGUAUGGGUUCAAUGCAUACGAGUUGGGAACGAAAUGCUCGCGUAGAAGAAGUCAUUCAACAGAUGGGUCUUAUUCCUUGUUCUGAUACCAUGAUUGGAAUACCGAACUCUGUCAAAGGCCUAUCAUGUGGCGAACAGAAGAGAUUAGCAUUCGCCUCAGAGAUUUUAACUUGCCCUAAAAUAUUGUUCUGUGAUGAGCCAACUUCUGGUUUGGAUGCUUUUAUGGCAGGACAUGUCGUUCAAGCCUUAAGAACAUUAGCUGAUGCUGGAAUGACAGUCAUCAUAACCAUUCAUCAACCAUCCAGCCAAGUAUUUUCGUUAUUCCACAAUGUAUGUUUGAUGGCAUGUGGAAGAAAUAUUUACUUAGGUCCAACAGAUGAAGCAACACGUCUGUUUACAAGUUGUGGAUUUCCAUGUCCUCCAUAUUAUAAUCCAGCUGAUCACUUAAUACGUACUCUAGCCGUUAUUGAUAAGGAUCGUACAACAUCAUUGAAAACAAUUGCUAGAAUACGUGAUGGCUUCUUAAAAAGUGAACAAGGAAAAGCUAUCAUGGAUAUUUCGACAAAAGCAGCAGAUCGUCAUAAUGCGUAUUAUGAGGAUAGCUUGAAUGGAACAGAAAAAAGUUUUUUUAGUCAAGAAUAUUCUUCAUCAUUUUGUGCACAAUUUUCCGCAUUAUGUUGGCGUUCAUGGCUGACUGUCAUACGUGAUCCAAUUCUGUUGAAAGUUCGUCUGAUUCAGAUAGUGGUUACUGCCUUGAUAACAGGCUUCGUCUACUUUGACACUCAAAUAACGCCAGCAACAAUAAUAUCCAUUAAUGGCAUUUUAUUCAAUCACAUACGUAACAUUAACUUUAUGUUACAAUUUCCUAAUGUACCUGUAAUCACUGCUGAAUUGCCGAUUGUUUUACGAGAAAAUGCAAAUGGAGUAUAUAGAACAAGCUCAUAUUUCUUAGCUAAAAAUGUAGCUGAACUCCCUCAGUACAUCGUUCUACCCGUCAUCUAUAAUGCUAUCGUUUAUUGGAUGUCAGGAUUAUACCCAAGCCUAUGGAGCUUCAUGUUCGCAUCACUUGUAUCAAUUCUCAUUACAAAUGUUGCCAUAUCUGUCUCUUAUGCAGUAGCAACCAUCUUUGCUACAACCGCAAUAGCAAUGACUGUCUUGCCCGUCUUUGUUGUUCCCAUAAUGGCAUUUGGAGGUUUCUUCAUUACAUAUGAAUCAAUUCCAUUCUAUUUCAAAUGGUUAUCAUCAUUAUCAUAUUUUAAAUAUGGUUAUGAAGCUUUUGCUGUCAACGAAUGGGAGAACAUUGGAUACAUCGAGGGCUGCUAUAACGCCAGUAAAACUUUCGUUGACUGUCCCACAAGUGGAACACAAGUCUUAGAGCAGAUUGACUUUGAUGCAUCCAACAAGUGGCCCGAUGUGAUUAUCCUGGUUAUAAUGAUAUUGGUGAUCCGAUUCAUCUCAUAUAUGGCUCUAUUAAUUCGAAGUUAUAAGAACCAAUAA